AUGAUCAACCGUCCAGGCGUCCACGCUGUUGUCGCUGACCUACAGUUCUACGAAAUCCCCAGACAUCGGGCCAAGAUUGAACAAUCUGAAGAAUACGAAUCUUUCCCCGACGACGUGAAUCCCUCUCUCAGGGACCAGCUCAACGAGUCGAGUGGCCCAGAACCUCACACCCCUACAGUUCGCUGCAGCUCCCCGAUUGGACGCUCUAAGGCACUCGACAGGCUUAUAUUGACCUUGCAGUCACCAGACAAUUUCCAAUUCAAGGAAGAGGAUGAAAGAGUCAAGAUUGCCAUCCUAGAUACCGGGAUUGACCUUACGCACCGUGACUGGCAGCAAGCGAGAAUAGUGAGAUUCGACGAGGACGGAAAGCCUAUUCACCAACAGAACGAGCCUUCUCAAUGGACCAGAAUCAAGGACUUCAAGAAUUUCUGCAACCCCGAGAGGCCUGAGACCGCGAGGGAUGUGAUGGACCUCGAUGGACAUGGAACUCAAGUUGCCGGUAUCAUACUUCGAUUGGCCCCCAGAGCAGAGAUUUACGUCGCCCGAGUGUGCGAGGGGGACAGGAACAGAGGCAUUUCGGCUAGAGGGCCCGAGACAACCGAAAUCCUCAGAGGUAUACGACCGAAAGCGAUUGCUGAUGCAGUAGACUGGGCUAUUGAGCAACGCGUGCAUCUCAUCAACAUGUCCUGCGGUUUCUUGUCCUCUCACCAGGAUGUGGAAGACGCGCUGGAAAGAGCCAAAAACGCCAAGAUUGUCACUUUCGCAGCCAUGUGCAAUGCUGGCAAUAAUUUGCAGCGUGUUGCAGCGUGGCCGGCGAGAAAGCCGUCGCUGACGAUCGGGAUUCACUCGUGCAGGGAUGACCUUGGGAUGGACCGGUCGAGCUUCACGCCCCCAGCAGUCCGAAACUCGGACAAUUUCAUGGCCGUGGGCGAAGGCAUCAUCACGCACUGGCCCGAGUCUAAAGGGGGCGAAUUCCGGAUCGCUGGGGGAACAUCCUUUGCCACUCCGGUGGCCACAGCGAUGGCAGCUUUAGUUCUCGCCUUUGUGUUUCAGAGAAAAUGUAAGAAGCAGCGGGAGGAUGUGGAAUUGAAAUUCGGCGGGAAGAAUCUGAUUCUCAAGACCGAAAACAUGGCUGCAUUGCUACAUCAAAUGAGCAAGAAGGCGGGCGACUACCGAUACAUCCACCCGUCGCUGUUAUGGGAGGAUUUUAACCCCCGGGUGAAGGACUCAAACAUUUGUGACAGGACAAUGAAUCCUGUGCAGAGCCCGCCAUCUGUUCAUGGCUCGCCAAUCCUUCGCCUUACCCCCGCUCUGCGGCGUCAAAUCUACUCCCACUUCCACAGCGCCCUGUGGCGCAUGCCGUACGCUUUCGACCUGCAUGGUCUGAGCAGCAGGAGAGCCCUCGGGAUCCGCGCCCUACAACUCUCGUGCCGCACAAUCUACGACGAAGUUUCUGAAGUGCUUUACUCUACCAACUACUUUGAGACCAAGUACGAGGACGCGAGGUCUCUCCGACGAAUACGAAACUUGAGCGAUGCGUCCCUUGCCUCGCUGACGCAUCUCAAGAUCGUUCUCAACGAAGUGCCUUGCAGUUGGUUAACAUCGAACAACCUGCUUGGGGACUGGAGCUCAACGGCUGCUUACAUCCGGUCUCGCGUCAACCCGGGAAAGCUCAACAUGUCUCUGAGGUCAGGUGGAGUCGGCAACAUACAGGAUAUCAACCCAGUCUCCGUUCUCGUUCAACUGUCGGUGCUGGAGCCCACCGACUGA